AUCUACGACCUUUGGUAGAAUGAGUGAAGCUCGUCCAGUCACCAGGAUGUGGAGGAGACCGGCUCAGAUCCUGGGUCUGAUGCUGUGGAUACUCGGCUGGGGCUCGGUGGGCUGCACGCUCGCUAUGGACCACUGGAGAGUGGCUCAGGCGGGGGGGCGAGCCGGCUCCUCUGUGGUGGUGAUAACCUGGUACUGGUCCGACCUGUGGAAGGACUGCUACGAAGACUCCACUGCUCUGGUGAACUGUGUGGACUUUGGAGUUCUGUGGACGGUCAAACCGUACGUCCAGGCCGUCAGGGGGCUGCUGAUCACCGGCCUGUGCCUCGGCUCGAUGGGCACGGUGCUGGCGUUUCUGGGGAUGGAGUGCACACGUGUCGGUGGCGACCAGAGAAGUAAAGACGGGCUGUUGAUGACAGCGGCUGCUUUCCAUCUGCUGGGCUGUGAGUGUGAACUGUAA